AUGCCACGUGGAACGCACCUCGACGAGGAAGACAAGUUGACAAUCUUGCAUCUUGCCAUUCAAGGCAAGACUGUCUCUCAGAUUCACGAAGCAGACCAAGCAAACUCACCCCAACCGACCUACGACACCUAA